AUGUAUCAAGCUACAUUGCAUGAUGCUUUAUUGCAUGGCUGUGGGACUUGGCCUAUCCGAGCAGCGGAACUGAAACAUCUUCAGGUGUUCGACAAUUGUUAUCUCAGAACCAUGGCUCGUGUUAUUCACCGUGAUAUAAAGCCGGAGAAUGUACUCAUCAGUAAACGCGGUGUGGUCAAGCUUUGUGAUUUCGGAUUCGCUAGAGCGUUGGCCGCUCCUGGAGAGGUGUACACGGAUUAUGUAGCAACGCGGUGGUAUAGAGCCCCGGAAUUAUUAGUAGGUGACAGCAAAUAUGGUCGUGCCGUUGAUAUAUGGGCUGUGGGGUGCUUGGCUGCGGAAAUGCUCACGGGUAAUCCUCUGUUUCCCGGCGAUUCGGACAUAGACCAGCUCUACCAUAUUGUUCGCUGUCUAGGAAAUCUCAGUGAAAAGCAUCAGUUAGUGUUUAAACGGAAUCCUCUGUUUUCCGGAAUGCGUAUUCCCGCCGUCCGUGACGUGAUCCCUCUGGAACGCAGGCUUAAUAAGGUCAGGAAGUCUACACUGGAGUUUAUCAAGGAAUGUCUUCGUCUUGAUGCGAAUGAUCGAGCAACUGCAUCAGCCCUCCUUCGUUCAAAUUAUUUCACGCGAGACAACUUCUCCACCUUUUUUACCGAAGAACUCAAGCGACUCGUGCAGUAUGAGAACCCUACGAACGACCGGACUCAGUCGCCGAAAGCAACUAAUGGUGGUGGUGACCAAUCACAGACUUCUCUCGCUUCAACUUGUGGUAAUCUGCUGCCGAUUUUUGACACAGGUAGUCAGCCAGGCGACCCAAAAGUACACAACAAUUCAAACCCUGUCCCGUACCACAGUCUUACGAAG